CCCCGCCGGCGGAGGGCGGGGCCAGUGGCGGGGCCGCCCGCGGUUGCCAUGGAGGGCUCGCGGGCGGGUGAGACGGCGCCGCCGCCGCGGCCCGGGAUCGGCGUGGGCGUGGUGGUCAUCAGCGCCGAGCACCCCGGCUGCGUCCUGCUGGGCAAGAGGAAGGGCCCGGUGGGGGCCGGCACGUACCAGCUCCCCGGAGGCCACCUGGAGUUCGGGGAGAGCCUGGCCGAGUGCGCCGCGCGGGAGGCGCUGGAGGAGGCGGCGCUGCGCCUGCGCAACGUGCGCUUCGCCUCCGCCGUGAACUCGACAUGCGCCGCCGCGCGCUACCACUACGUCACCGUCCUCAUGAAGGGCGAGGCGGAGCCGGGGGCGGAGCCGCGCAACCGGGAGCCCGACAAGAACGAGGGCUGGGAAUGGGUUAAAUGGGAUGAAUUUCCUCCAGCAAAUCAACUGUUUUGGCCCUUACGCUGUUUAAGAGAACAAGGUUACAAUCCUUUUACAGAAGAUCUUGAUCACCUAAAGGGGUACACAGGAAGUCACCAACUAGCAUAAAAAUAAUUGUGUGUUAUAUAACAGUUUUUCAUGGACAGAUCUGCCUUUACAGUUUAACAGAUUAAAAAAAGAUGUGUCAUACUCCCUCUGCCCAUGUGAAAAUACUACCUGUCAAAAAAUGCCAGAUGUUUCAGUGCUUUCACCUUAUUUCACGUAACGGUUGUCUCUCAUUCAAGGGCUAGAUGGGGCUCAGCAACAAGCAUAUUUUCUAGUUGUUAAGUAAUUAAUGUUUUCUUUUAUAGAAAAGUCAUAGUGUUUUAGCUGAAAAAUCUUCAUAUAGAUGAAUAUCCCUUUGGAAGUCAACAGAGCUACUCACAGAAGCUUACUCAGUUGGAAAGAGUUGUAGCAUCAGGCCCAAGGGAAACUGAUUUGUUUAAGCCACUGUCCUGCUUUUUAUGUAAAACUACUUUAUAUAUCAUGCUGCUUUCCUGUAACUAUGUGUCUUGGACCAAUUGUUAAACUUAGCCUUGCCUCGUAGCUUCAGUUAAGAUACUGUCAACAUCCAUACUGAACAAAAGUCACAUUUUCUAGAGAAUGUCUCAUAUUCCUGCAGACAGUAGUAUAUACUGGAAAAGCAGAGUAUUAUAAACAUAGAAAUGCUGCUCUGGCCUGUAGGAGGGAAUGAAAAUUCUAUGACCCUGUCUGCCACCCGCUUUUGUUACAGAUGCUUUCUUUGCAACCUCAGUUACAUUAGAACUGUUAACACAAAAUCUGACGUGCAACAAAGAAAGGUAUAUUAUUUGUCUCCGGUGAAUGUAUACGCACAAUUUUCAUGAGCAUAAGUGAGAGUGGCAAGCAUUUAAGGAGAGAGUAUGUCUCCUUAAUAUAUGGUUAAUGGUAAGAAUAUUACUGUAAACUGCAUUGCCCUAUCUUCAAAGUAUCAUAUUGUUCCUAACCUAAUAAAAUAAGUUAAGUGGAAAUAGAAAUUCCUUUAACUUAAUUUUGAAAAUGCAUCUGCAGAAGUGUUUCAGAUCUCAGCAGUUUAUCUUCAUAUGUUACUACAGCUCUUAAUAGUUUAAUGGAGAGGUGCCUACAGUGGCCUAUUAGACUGAUAAUAGAAACAUUGUACAAACUAACCUUAUCUACAGGUGUAGCUCUACAGCAGACUAUCAUACUUUUUGGCUAAAGAGGGUAGUCAGCAUUAAACACUGCACAGAUGAUCUUUGUGGUUACUAGGAUUUGAUAGAAUUCUUAAUCUUCAGUUUGAUGUGACUGAAUGAUUGAAUUAGCAGCGAAUGAUAUCAUAGAACACAGAUAUAUAUGUAAAACAAUGAGUUUACAAUUUGUCAUUUUUCUAGAAUUUGUAACUGAAUUUGAUUCUUUUUCAGCUGUAGUAAUUAUGACUUCUGCCAUGAAAUUUAGGAUCAGAAUGGAUUAUGACUCAAAGAAUUUCACAAAAUUGGCUAUUUUCUUCGGUGUACUUUUAAAACACAUUUUCUGUUUGUUUCCUUUAUAUGCAUACACUGUAGAAAACAUUCUGUGAUACCCUUUAAUUUCAUUUAAAUAAAACACAAAUACAAUAUUGAAAGAUUGAAUUUGUCUGAAAUUACAAAUUGACUUGUCAGUUCUAAAAAAAAGAAAAGAUUGAAGGGUUUAAAGCAUUUGCUUGCUUUGCACAUAUAUUUCUUAAAGGGAGGUGGCUUUUUUUGCUGAGAAGCAGGCAGAGCAGUACAAGAUGCAAGAAUGCUGUUGAUACCAAGCCUCCCACUUAGAAUUUUAAGUAUUCUUAACUUACAACUUCCUGUGGGAUGGAUAUUCUUUCUCUGAAGUGGAAAAAGUAGAUCCUGCUAAAAAGCAGUUUUGAAAUGGAAGAUCUCACUGAAUAUUACCUUACUACAGUAUCUCUGUACAAAACUUAUUUUUCUACUCAAAAAGUGGAGGUUUUCUUCCCCAAAACAACAUUUUGUACAUUGAAAAGUAUUCCACUCAGCUGUCAACAAAGAGGCUGUAGGUAGGAAGAGUUGGCAGAUGUCCAACCCAUCUGUCCCAAAGAAUAAUGAAAAAGAUAGUAAUUCAAAUGAUUUGGUGCUAUUUUAAAUUUUAGAAGGCAUCUAAGUCCUUGAUGUGAAAAAAUGAGUUACUGGAAAAUUGUAUGUAAUACAAUAAAUCCUUUAUUACAUGUA